AUGAAGUACACGGUCUCCUCCAAGGCCUACCUGAAGAUCUUCUUCCACGUCGCCAAGCACCCGCACACGCCCGUCAACGGCGUCCUCCUCGGCUCUCUCUCUUCCAAUGUCGUAUCCAUUGUGGACGCCGUGCCACUGCUGCACCAUUGGACGAGUCUCAGCCCCAUGAUGGAGAUCGGCUUGGACCUCGCUACCCAGCACGCCGCCUCGCUCGGUCUGCAGCUCGUCGGCUACUACCAAGCUUCAGAACGCCUCGAUGACACCGCACUCGCGCCAGUCGGUGAACGCGUCGCAAGUAAGAUCAAGGAUGGCUUUAGCGAUGCAAUCGCUUUCGUCAUUGAUGGAGAGACGAUAGGCUCAGGAGCUCCAGCUCUGCUCCCCUACGAAAGCACGGGGCCAACCCCUUCAUCAUGGCGUCCAUCUCCUUCUGACUCCACUCCCUACUCUCUCGAUGACCCCGCCAUCCCCCCACGCGCGGUAUCCCUCGUCCGCGAGAGCCGCCUUCACGAGAAAUUCGGCGACUUCGAUGACCAUCUCGAGGACGUUACUAUUGGUUCGUCCCUCCUCCCGCUCUAUUCCCAUAAACACGUCGUUGCUCGAACCCUACUCGAACCCUUUCACUAUGCUAUUGGCGUAUAUUUGAAUACUGCAUGCUAA